CUUCCUCUCCCAUCCGCUGUGAGAAGCCUGGUCUCGGCCGACUGUGACCCCUAAAUGUCGUGCCCUCCUGCGGACCGAACUUCCCUGGAAUGAAGAUGUCUGACAAAACCAAGAAAAAUGUAGCUACCAGAGCUUCAAUUAUUGAGCAGCUAUUGACAGAAAAGAAUUUCCAGGAUCUUGGAGAUCACUUGACUGAAUUGGAAACUAUUCACAUGAAUGUAGAGCAUCUCCAAGAGACAAAUGUUGUCAGAGCUGUAUAUAGAGUUUUAAAACAUUGCCCUAUAGUGAUUUUCAAAAAGAAAGCCAAGUAUUUACUUUGCAAGUGGAAAAUACUUUAUAAAAAUCACCCAGUGAACAACCCUAAUUUUUUUCUCAAUGACAUUAAGAAAAACAUUGAACAUGUUAAUCUAAUUCAAGAAGAAAAUUCCCCAUACCUAAGUCAAGAACAAGCAUUAGACAUAGUAAAUUCUAACUCUGGCUCACCAGCCCAAGAUGUUGCAAAAGAUGUUGAAAAGGCAUUAGACAUAGCAAAUUCUAUCUCUGGUUCACAAGCCCAAGAUGUUGCAAAAGAUGUUGAAAAGAGUAUGCCAGAAAACAAUGCUGAUGCAGUGGAGGAACAUUCAGAAGAGCAUUUUGUGAGUCAUGACCCUAAAUCCAUUGGCAGCAAGUCAGCUUGGCAGCAAGAUCCCACAAGGUCUAAGUGUGUAGAACUUCUUUAUGGAGCUUUAGUUACUUUUUCCACAGACCAACAGAAAGCUGAUCGCUGGCAAAAAUUGGCAAGAGAAAUUGAGGAGUACAUUUUUGCACUUUAUUCAAAAAAUCUCAAAAAAUAUAAAAAUUGUAUCCGAAGCAAAGUGUCAAAUUUGAAGAAUCAAAAAAAUCCUCAUUUACAACAAAAUCUGUUUUCUGGGACCUUAUCUCCAAAAGAAUUUGCUGAAAUGACAGUCAUGGAAAUGGCAAAUGAUGAAUUAAAGCAAUUGAGGGCUUCAUACACAGAGUCCUGUAUACAAGAACAUCAUCUUCCUCAAAUGGUUGAUGGCACACAGACAGAUAAAAUAAAAUGUAGGCGCUGUGAAAAAUUUAAUUGCAAGGUAACUGUGAUUGCCAGAGGGGCACUUUUUCUUCCAAGUUGGGUUCGCAGCACAAACCCAGAUGAACAAAUGAUGACCUAUGUCAUUUGUAAUGAGUGUGGGGAACAAUGGUAUCACAGCAAUUGGAUUUGCAUAUGAUUGUGAAGAAACAUUAACAAUUUUUAAUAAAGAUAAUUUUUGUUGA